CAUUUAUUGUUUAAGUUUGUUAUGACAACGGUUUGUGUAUCAAAUGGCUCUCACAUUGCACACGGAUGUUGGUGAUAUGAAAAUUGAAUUAUUUUGUGAAGCUUGUCCAAAAACUUGUGAGAACUUCCUAGCCUUAUGUGCUAGUGAUUAUUACAAUGGAUGUAUUUUUCAUCGAAACAUAAAAGGAUUCAUCGUACAAACUGGAGAUCCUACAAAUGCUGGGAAAGGUGGUAACUCAAUAUGGGGGAAGAAAUUCAAAGAUGAAUUCAAAGAAAAUCUUAAGCAUUCCACAAGAGGUAUGUUGUCAAUGGCAAAUAAUGGCCCAAAUACUAAUGGAAGUCAAUUUUUCUUCACUUAUGCAGCACAGCCCCACUUGGACCUAAAAUACACUAUUUUUGGAAAGAUAAUAGAUGGUUUUGAAGUCCUGGAUGAAUUAGAAAAACUACAAGUUAAUCCAAAAACUUUCCGACCGCUUGUAGAUAAGAAAAUUAAUAGUGUAACAAUCCAUGCAAACCCUAUCGCAAAUUGAUAAAAUUAAAUAGUUGCUUCUAGUUUAAUAUCUUUGUGAUCCAUUUUUCAAAUUUGUAAAC